AUGUGUGAAUAGAGCACCAGGCAAACCGAAAACCCAAAAGACUAAACGGAAGAACAGGAAGGGUUUUGGGGGCGUUUCCAUCCAAUUCAAAAUUUGAAAUUCAUCAUCUAACUAUUAUGGACAUGGUAUCGCUCUCCAAAUUGAAGGUCCUCGCCCUCCGAUUGGGUUAUUCUCAAUCUUCCAGUUCCAGUAGAGUUGCUUCCACAUUCAAACGAUUUGUCUCUGGAGAUCCAAAACCCUCACAUUUUCCUCUUCAACAUCAGCUGCUACUCUGCAGACAUUUCACCUCUGAAACUUCAGAAAACCACAACGAUUUCACAGUCAAUUACCUCAUAAGCUCAUGUGGGUUGUCCCCAGAAGAUGCAAUUUCAGCCUCCAAGAGGGUCAAGCUGCGUUCUCCAGAAAGACCAGACUACUUUUUGUCCUUUCUCAGAAACCAUGGAUUCUCUGCAACCCAGAUCUCGAAGAUGGUCAGGUCAUACCCAAGACUUUUCCAAUUGCAUCCUGAGAGGACCAUUUUGCCAAAGCUUGAGUUUUUCACUUCUCUUGGAGUUUCAAAGGAGGAGCUUGCAAAAUCUCUGGCGUAUCAACCGAAGCUUUUGACUACGAGCUUGAACAACCGGAUUCUACCCACUUAUGAUUUCCUUCGGAGUUUGAUUUCUAAGAAAAAUGUCGCUUCUGUUUUCAAGCAUGGCUCGCGGAUUUUCAAGGACGGCCACUCCAAGAAUGUUGCCCCAAAUAUUGAGAUUUUGAAAGAAUCAGGUAUGCCCUAUUCCUGCAUUUCUCUGUUGCUUGCUCAUCACCCAAAAGUUUUAAUGGUAAAGCGUGAAGAGAUUGUUAAAGUUGUGGACGAGGUUAAGCAACUGGGUUUUAAUCUGCAAAAAUCAACUUCGGUGCCGGCAAUAAAAGCAUUGUGUGGUAGCAAUAGGUCUGCAUGUAAUCGAAAUCGCCAAGUUUAUAAGAGGUGGGGAUGGUCUGAGGAUGAUCUUGUCUCUGCUUUCAGGAGGCACCCGGUAUGUAUGAUUGUGUCGGAGAAGAAACUAAUGCUAGCAAUGGAAUUUUUAGUAAAUAAGAUGGGGUGGCCGUCGGUAAUGAUUGCCAAAUCCCCAGAGGUCAUGUGUUACAGUUUGGAGAAGAGACUCAUCCCCCGCUGCUUGGUUGUUAAAGUUUUGUUGCUGAAAGGAUUGAUAAAGGGGAUUGAAAACGUGAGUUUGAGUUCUGUGGUGGUGCCUGUAGAGAAGUUGUUCUUGGAGAGGUAUGUGGCCAGAUAUAUCGAUCAAGUACCUCAGUUAUUGAGUGUGUAUCGAGGAAAAGUUGAAGUCUGGGAUGUAUGAUGUUCGUAGGUCAAACGAGUUCAGAUGCAGCGCUGCUUGGUUGUUAAAGUUUUGUUGCUGAAAGGAUUGAUAAAGGGUAUUGAAAACGUGAGUUUGAGUUCUGUAUUGGUGCCGUCAGAGAAGCGCUUCUUGGAGAGUUAUGUGGCCAGAUAUAUCGAUCAAGUACCUCAGUUAUUGAGUGUGCAUCGAGGAAAAGUUGAAGUCCGGGAUGUAUGAUAUUCGUGUUAGAGUAUGAGUCUGAUUCAUACGGUUUGGUAAUAAUCCUUGUUGUCUCAGAUUGCUAUAGAGAAGUCUUAAUAUGUUUAUGAGAGUUAAUUUGACUUUGGUUUGGAUUGAAACUCUAUGUUGAUAAGCUUAAGACUAGAACUCGUAUAAGGAUUUUGUCUUGUAUUCCUUGUAGGAUUUUAAUAGGGCAAUCUAUGUUUAGUAUAAAAACAUAAGCCACUGCUCUCACAAAACAUUCGCUCAAUAUUGAACUAAGACCUAUUGUUAGUUUGAGUACUUUUGGUUUUGCAAGAGAGGAGAAGUUGCACUGUUUGAAGUCUGGUUUGGCUUCUUCUUCUACUACUUUUACGGGUUAGUUUGUCAUUAUGUUUAUCGGAUUGUGAUUUUAAUACUUGUAUAAAUUUGUGGUUCACGAGCUUAA